AUGGUCUACACUAGUCAUUUUCCAGACAAUACAAAAAUUCCGGAAGACCAUGAAGAUCCAUCAGAGGCGAAUUACAUAGCCGACUUGGAAUUCGCCGCGAAAAUUGGAAAGAUUUUGUUGGAGCAGAAUCAAGAACUGGACUUGCAUUGCCAGACCUUGGAGAAAAAAGUUGUGGAUCAGGAUGAACAAAUCCGCCAUCUGGAGAAACAGCUCAAUAUUCUUCGCGAUUUGGAAGACAACAGAUGCAAAGUUUAUGACCAGCUUCAAAGCUCUUGCUCCGAGUUUGAAAAAGAAAACCGCCAGCUUGCCGAGCGCCAUCGAAUUGCCAUCGAGCAGAUUGAAAAGUUGAAGCUUCUGAGCGACGAGCAGGAAGUCCAAUUGAACAAUUUGAUGGAGGAAAUGAUCUGCAUCAAAGGAAUGGGAAAUUCGACUGAAAUCAAGGAAGAGAACCACCAGGAAGAAAAGAAGGAAGAUGAUGAUCAAUUGAGGCUGAAAGUGGUGAUGAAGGAUUUGGAACUAGAAAAAUCAAGGGGGAAGAAAUUGGAGACGGAUUUGAAUCUCAUAAUCUCAGAUUACGAUUCGCUUCAAAAGGAAAACGAUUCCUUGAAGGACGAAAACGGGGAUUUGCGAAAAAUGAACGAGCUCCAUGUCGAGCGGCUGAAACAGCUAGAGGAGCAGGCAGAAUUUCACUCGGUCAAGUCCCACGCCUCCACUAGCGAUGAAACGCUGGUCAAGGAGCUGGAUGAAAAGUACAAUUCGCUCAAGUGUAAAUAUGAAAGAAUUGUGACUCAGAUCAACCGCCGAAAUACCUCAAAAACAACGCCCGAGUACAACCAAAUCUUCCGUAAACUAUUCUCCCUCCUCUCCGAUUCAAUCGACGAGAAAAAACAAGCCCUCCUCUUUCGACCCCGUCAACUCCAACUGCUCAGAUUUCGCCGACCUUGA